CAAGUUUUGGUUUUGCGCGGAGCUCAAAUUAUUUUAUGGAGCUGAAUUCAACUAUUUGUUUACUGUAAAUGAAGGCAUAGUUUACUGAAUUAGUAAAUGCAUUUAAAACUUUUAAUUGGCUUAAGUUAUAGGCAUUUUUUUAGCGUAAAAUCAAAAUAUUUUUUGAAGAAUCUAAUUUAUUUCAACUUUAGAACAAUGUCUACAUCAGUAAAGUAUUUGAGCCAACAGGAAGCUAUCGAUAUUGACCAAGAGCUAUUCAAUGAGUACAAAUUUAGCGUUGACCAGUUAAUGGAGCUGGCAGGUCUGAGCGUGGCCACCGCUAUUGCCAAAACUUAUCCUUUGCAAGAAAUGAAAAGAAAAGGAACUCUUUUAGUGUGUUGUGGACCUGGCAACAACGGAGGAGAUGGUCUAGUGUGCGCAAGACAUUUAAAAAUAUUCGGUUACGAGCCAACAAUCUUCUAUCCCAAACGCACAAAUAAACCUUUGUAUGAAAACCUGACCAUUCAGUGCCAAGAAAUGGACAUACCAUUUUUAUCAUUCUUGCCAGAAACGAAGCUCAUUGAUGAUUCUUACAACUUGGUUGUGGAUGCUCUUUUCGGUUUCAGUUUCAAACCUCCAGUGCGACCGGAGUUCGAAGACUGCAUGAAGAAACUGAAGAAUUUAAGCAUCCCUGUAUGUAGUGUGGAUGUUCCUUCGGGUUGGGAUGUUGAGAAAGGCGAUGACGAAGGAUUGCAACCAGAAUUCUUGAUAUCCUUAACUGCCCCCAAACAGUGCAGCAAACUUUUCAAGGGAAAAUACCAUUGGCUUGGUGGUCGUUUUGUGCCUACCAGUUUAGCAGCUAAAUACGAACUAAAUCUCCCUGCUUAUCCAGGAACUGAAUGUUGUGUCAAAUUGCCAUUGCCAUCUUCACAGUAAUUGGUGUGGACUCUUUCUGUCUGAAUUACAAAACUCCAUGGGUAAUGUCUUUGUGUUAUGAAAUCUGAGCAAAUAAAGACACUUGUUAAAUUGAUGUGCGAAGUGUUUCUGCUGCUACGUUGUACAUUAUUUCCUGUUUACUUUUAAAAAAAAUUUCUACGAUAUGUAAAAUGUAUUGCAUAAAUUUAACCUUCUUAUAAAUAACUUAGUAUUUAAUAUCAAAAAAUUACUUGUAAUAUUUAGGUUAACAUUUGUAAUUUUAUAUAUGCAUGAAUGCUGCAAAUUUUGUAUACGUACAACUAUCAUAAUUGUAAUUUUCAUGAUAAUAUAGAAUUUCUUUUUUGAUAACAUUUAAUUCAUUGUUCAACUGUAUGUGAUAUUUUGAUACUU